AUGACGAACCCAUAUGAAGCAGACCCAGAAAAAAUCCCUCCAACCGACUUAUACGCGGAUGUACCCCUUUAUGGUCGAUACUACCCGAAACCUGACGACUUCCGCGUUGAUUUCCAGCAUGUCAACUCCCAGACUACAGACUCCCUGAGAUACUGGACCUUUGUUAUUCAACUCUGUACUGAACAGAUCCGAAUCUACCCUUCUGAUGAAGGAGGCCGCGAUGUUUUUGCUCUUGGUAGCGUGAUCGUCAAGUCCAGCCAUCUCCACGCGCACGACGGUCCUCAAUAUACAGAGAUUGACUUCUCAUACGCCGAUGCCAAUGAGAUUCAAGCAAUUGCUCUGGCAAAGACCGUUCUGAAGGAUAUCAAAGUUCCAGAGAUCUAUUUUGCCGGCAAGAUCAAUGGUCGCCAAGUGCUCGUCCAAGAAAGGCUUCCAGGUGUUGCACUCUGUGUUGCAUGGCCUUAUCUCUCAAAAGAGUCGAAAAACUCCUACAAAGAACAAGCCAGGAAAAUACUCCGUCAACUUCACACUAUCAAACCCACAGAGACACUUCAACUUCAAUCUCGCUCUCACGUGGUCCCAGACCCAAACAUACUUACCAACGGUCGAAUCAAUCAAUUAGAAAUGGAGAUCCUUUUCUCAGCCACCAAUCAUAAUAAUCCAGAUAUGAGCUUCAUGCAUAACGAUUUGACUCUAUCUAACUGUAUCGUUAACAAUGGUUCAAUCGUGGGGCUUAUUGAUUGGGAAAUGGCUGGGUUUCUCGGCUGGAAGACCGCUGGAGAAGUCCAUCGUCGGAUUAGAACGCCACAAUUGGAGCAUUUCGUGAAUGCUAAUUUGAGUAAGGAAAUGCUGGAGGAUAUAAUGUUUUGGAAUGAUCUAUAUGAUGAGGAUGCGCCGGACAAUUAG